AUGACCGCCACUCUAUCUUUCCCUGAUGAGCCGCAUUUUCGAGUAUUGCUGCAACACUGCAGAGAGACAUCCCCCAAGGAUAUCUUCUUCCAAGAUCCUUCCUGUGGAAUUGAAGCAAGCCACGACCAGUUCCUACAGGAUGUUUUUCUCACACGACAGGGACUCCUCAACCAGCUGCCCAAAGCCCUCGUCAACGAACGAGGCAUUAUCCAUGAAGAACAUCCGUUCAUCUGUAUACUAAAUCAGGGAAACUAUGAAUAUAUAGUGGCGGCUUUUGCAGUGCUCAUGUUGGGGGGAGCAGUUGUUCCCUUGUCCCCGUGUAUUCUCCCAGAAGAAGCAUCAUUUUUAAUGAAACAGUGCCAGUCCGUUGUGAUGAUGGCCGGAUCGAGGGUGCUCGACCAUGCCACUGCCAUCCAACAAUACGCUGUAAGCCAACAACAGACCGUUCAUGUCAGGUCAAUCUCCAUUGAUGGCCCUCAACAAUGCAUUGCAGCCUCCAUCGACGAGACCAUUAUUAUUGCGCCCGAGCGGCCUAGCAUGCUCAUCUUCACAUCUGGCACUGUGGGACCUCCUAAGGGUGUCGUCCAUACGCGUCACCUCCUGGCCCUACCCUACACGCCGUUGCGGAGCGGGAUAUAUCUCAACUGCAUUUCCUUGUGGACCGUUGGUGCCGUGAGACUCAUCAAACAAACACUACACGCACGUCGCAUCGAGAUCAUUUCUCCAGACCCUGGUGUUUUGUGGGAACGUCUACGAAAAGGCGGCGUCGUAUUUCUAGCUGCCGUGAUUCCAGUUUGGCAGGGUUUGAUGGAUUAUUUUCAACAGAACCUUGACCACCUACCAGACGCCCAGCGAGAGGAGUAUCUGUGUGGUCUGCGUGGUCUGCGUACUGCUAUGCUAACUGGUGGAACACUGCCCGCGUCGAGACUGCGGUUUUGGAACGACCUAGGGAAACCGUUAAAGUUGUGCUACGGUGCGACGGAGCUGGGGAAAAUAUGUCUCGUCACGGGGAAUGAGUCGAGUGCCGAUCGAAAUAAUUGCCUGGGACAUCCAGUAUCGGGAAUCACAAUCAAGCUUUCUGAAGGGGAUCAUGGGGAGCUGCUGAUCAAAAGUCCAGCAGUAUUCUCGCACUAUCUUAAUGAUCCCGCCACUACAAAAGCCGCAUUUACAGAUGAUGGGUUCUACCGAACGGGUGAUCUGGUCUCGCGAGAAGACACCGACUACUUCUUCCAUGGCCGAGCCUCAACAGAUUUUAUAAAAUAUUACGGCUACAAGAUCCCCAUUCCUACCCUCGAACAGAAGAUCAACGAUCUUCCGGAUGUGAGGGAAGGCUACAUCCUGGCCAUGCCAGAUCAACACUGCGGAUACCGCGCUGCAGCUCUAAUACGACCCGUAAAAAAUGCCGAUAUUGAUCAUCGGGCGGCCUCAUUUGAUCUGCCACAUUUGCACGAACAAAUGGUGGCUGACAAGAUACCUGCAUUCAUGUUGCCCACUGCCCUGCGGUUAUUGCAGGACGAGGAGACAGUUCCGCGCACCGUAUCGGGAAAGAUUAUCCGCAGGGAUGCUGUGAAACAGUUCUUUCCCAUGGACGAUGAUGGACGCUGUCCGGCGGCGGUCCAGGUGUGGCUGGCACGACCGUCGGUUUGUAAGGAAAGUAUGAAACAGGCGUGGGAUUGGGCUGGGGCACCGAUGACAUGA